AUGGCGAGGAAGAAGAUCAGAGAGUAUGAUUCCAAGAGAUUGUUGAAAGAGCAUUUCAAGAGAAUUUCUGGGUCUGAGUUGGAAAUCAAAUCUGCUAAAGUAACUGAGUCUACUAAUUUCGAGGAGCUAGUGGAUAAGGAAGCAUGGAUCUCGUCAACAAAGCUGGUUGUGAAGCCAGAUAUGCUAUUCGGGAAGCGUGGGAAAAGUGGUCUGGUUGCUCUGAACCUAGAUUUGGCUGGAGUUGCUUCUUUUGUCAAAGAUCGACUUGGCAAAGAGGUCGAAAUGGGGGGAUGCAAAGGACCUAUUACGACGUUUAUAGUCGAACCGUUUGUUCCACACGAUGAGGAAUACUAUCUCAACAUUGUUUCCGAGAGGCUAGGUUGUAGCAUUAGCUUCUCCGAAUGCGGAGGAAUUGAAAUUGAAGAGAACUGGGACAAGGUGAAAACUGUAUUUGUCCCUACAGGUGCAUCUUUGACAUCUGAGCUAUGUGCUCCACUUGUGGCGACGCUUCCCUUGGAGAUAAAAAAUGUAAUCGGAGAAUUCAUCAAGUCUGUCUAUGCUUUAUUUUUAGAUUUGGACUUCACUUUCGUUGAGAUGAAUCCUUUCACGUUAGUCAAUGGAAAGCCAUAUCCUCUGGAUAUGAGAGGCGAGCUCGAUGACACUGCUGCUUUUAAGAACUUCAAAAAGUGGGGAAAUAUCGAAUUCCCCCUGCCAUUCGGAAGAUUAAUGAGUCCUUCUGAAAGCUUCAUUCAUGGACUUGAUGAGAAGACAAGUGCAUCAUUGAAGUUUACCGUUUUAAACCCCAAAGGACGAAUAUGGACUAUGGUUGCCGGAGGAGGUGCAAGUGUCAUCUAUGCGGAUACGGUUGGAGAUCUUGGGUAUGCAUCCGAGCUUGGUAACUAUGCAGAGUACAGUGGUGCACCUAAUGAAGAGGAGGUCCUGCAAUAUGCCCGAGUUGUUAUUGAUUGUGCAACAGCGGAUCCUGAUGGCCGUAAACGUGCCCUCGUGAUUGGUGGUGGGAUAGCAAACUUCACGGAUGUUGCCGCCACAUUCAGUGGCAUCAUUCGAGCUUUAAGAGAAAAGGAGGUGAAGCUGAAGGCCGCCAGAAUGCAUCUAUAUGUUCGAAGAGGAGGUCCAAAUUACCAAAAGGGUCUCGAGAAAAUGAGAAGUCUGGCUGAUGAAAUCGGCAUCCCUAUUGAGGUAUAUGGACCUGAGGCAACCAUGACUGGAAUCUGCAAACAGGCAAUUGAGUGCAUUAGUGCUGCAGCUUGA